GUCCUGUGGGAUCCUUAAAAGGACGCAGCGGCUUUCACUUUGGGUUGCUUCUGCGAAGCCUCUAAUUCGCUCACUCCUUUUCUGAGUCCUCGGUCGCUGCCGCCGCCACCAUGUCCUGUCCGAUGCCACAACGCCGGGCCGUGAACACGGUGCUGGGCGCCAUGGAGUUUGGGCGCCGCAUGGACCAAGCCUCUAGUGCCGCGUCCAUGCGCGCCUUCCUGGAUCAGGGCUACAAUGAGAUCGACACGGCUUUCUACUAUGCUGAUGGCCAGUCGGAGACCAUCCUGGGCGGCUUGGGACUCGGGCUGGGCCGCAGCGACUGCAAAGUGAAAAUUGCCACCAAGGCGCUGCCAUAUAAUGGGCAGACACUGAAGCCUGAGAGUGUGCGGUAUCAGCUGGAAACUUCACUGAAGCGGCUGCAGUGUCCACGGGUGGACAUCUUCUACCUGCACAUGCCUGACCACAACACCCCCAUAGAAGAGACGCUGCGUGCCUGCCAUGAGCUGCACAAGGAGGGCAAGUUCGUGGAGCUGGGUGUGUCCAACUACUCCUCCUGGGAGGUAGCUGAGAUCUGCACCCUGUGCAAGAAGAAUGGCUGGAUCCAGCCCACCGUGUACCAGGGCACAUAUAGCGCCAUAGCCCGGAUGGGAGAGAAGGAGCUGUUCCCCUGUCUCAGGCACUUUGGAUUGAGGUUCUAUGCCUACAGCCCUUUGGCCGGUGGGCUGCUGACUGGCAAGUUCAAGUUUGAGGACAAGGAUGAAAAAAAGACUGAGGGUCGCUACUUUACAGAUCCUUGGGCCGAAGUCCUCAAGAACAUCUACUGGAAGGAGGAACACUUCAAGGGCAUCGCCCUGGUGCAGAAGGCCCUGCAGGCUGCGUAUGGAUCCAGCGCCCCCAGCUUGACCUCAGCUGCCAUUCGCUGGAUAUACCACCACUCCCAGCUGAAGGGCACCCACGGGGACGCGGUCAUCCUGGGCAUGUCCAGCCUGCAGCAGCUGGAGACGAACCUGGCGGCCGUGAAGGAGGGGCCCCUGAAGUCAGAAGUCGUGGAGGCCUUUGAAGAAGCCUGGAAACUUGCUGUCCCUAAAGCUGCCAACUACUACUUCUAGGCCCUGAGUGUUAAAGGCUGCACUGGGUGUUAAAGGUCCACGUGUCAACCCCUUGUUCUCUCCCCUGACCCCCCCUGUCUUCCGCUGACUGGCUGUGGUCUCUGAAGACUUCUGGUCCCUGCCUUUUCCUCCCCUGCCUUGUGUCUUCACUUGGGAGGCUGAGGCCGAGCCCCACACAGCACGUCCUGUGGAAUAAAGCUGCCCUGCCCUAGCUGCAGGCUAGGCUCGGGUGAGCCCAC